UCGGAGGAACCAAAAAUGGUGGGGGCGGAGUGGCCGCCCGGGCCUCGUGCGCGGUGGGACCCGAGUUUCCAAGCCCGCCUGCUGCCGCGCCCCUAACUGAGCCUGCCGAUAGCAGGGGCGGUCCCCUUAUCUGCCUCCGCACCCAGAGCGAGGGGUGAGGUCUGGAGGCCCCCCACCUUCUGCUCUCCCCGCCGGGUGAGCCCCGGCCACGCGGACCUCCCUGUCUCUCUGAAGCAGUAAGUGCUGGGCGGGACCGGACCAGUGGACUUGAGGGGAACAUCCUGCCGGCAUCGCACCUCUCCAUGGGCCGAACCGUGGUUGUGCUGGGCGGAGGCAUCAGCGGCUUGGCUGCCAGCUACCACCUGAGCCGGGCGUCGCGGCCCCCGAAGGUGGUCCUGGUGGAGGGCAGCGAGCGGCUGGGAGGCUGGAUCCGCUCUGUCCGAGGGCCGGAUGGAGCCAUCUUUGAACUUGGACCUCGAGGAAUCCGGCCCGCGGGAGCCUUGGGAGCCCGGACCCUGCUUUUGGUGUCUGAACUCGGCCUGGAUUCCGAAGUGUUGCCGGUCCGGGGAGACCACCCAGCCGCCCGCAACAGAUUCCUAUACGUGGGCGGCGCCCUGCACGCCCUGCCCUCCGGCCUCAGGGGUCUUCUGCGCCCUUCACCCCCCUUUUCCAAACCUCUGUUUUGGGCCGGUCUGAAGGAAUUGACCACACCCCGAGGCAAAGACCCUGAUGAGACCGUCCACAGUUUUGCCCAGCGCCGCCUUGGACCUGAGGUGGCGUCUCUAGCCAUGGACAGUCUCUGCCGUGGAGUGUUUGCAGGCAACAGCCAGGAGCUCAGCAUCAGGUCCUGCUUUCCCAGUCUCUUCCAAGCUGAGCAGACCCACCGUUCCAUAUUACUGGGGCUGCUGCUGGGGGCAGGCCGGCACCCACAGCCAGACUCAGCACUCAUUCGCCAGGCCCGAGCUGAGCGCUGGAGCCAGUGGUCACUCCGAGGAGGCCUGGAGACAUUGCCUCAGGCUCUUGACACCCACCUCACUAGUAGGGGGGUCAGUGUUCUCAGAGGCCAGCCAGUCUGUGGGCUUAGCCUCCAGGCAGGAGGGCGCUGGAAGGUGUCUCUAGAGAGCAGCAGCCUGGAGGCCGACCAUGUUAUCAGUGCCCUUCCAGCUUCAGUGCUCAGCAAGCUGCUCCCUGCACAAGCUGCACCUCUGGCUCAGGCCCUGAGUACUAUCACCGCUGUGUCUGUGGCUGUGGUGAAUUUACAAUACCGAGGAGCUCGUCUGCCUGUUCAGGGAUUUGGACAUCUGGUGCCAUCCUCAGAAGAUCCAGGCGUCCUGGGAAUUGUGUAUGACUCAGUUGCUUUCCCUGAGCAGGAUGGGAGCCCCCCUGGCCUCAGAGUAACUGUGAUGCUAGGAGGUUCCUGGUUACAGUCGUUGGAAGCCAGGGGCUCUGUCUUAUCUCAGGAGCUGUUCCAACAGCAGGCACAGAAAGCAGCUGCCACACAAUUAGGACUGAAGGAACCAAAUCACUGCUUGGUCCAUCUACACAGAAACUGCAUCCCCCAGUAUACACUUGGCCACUGGCAAAAACUGGAGUCAGCGACCCAAUUCCUGGCUGCUCAGAGGCUGCCCCUGACUCUGGCUGGGGCCUCCUACGAAGGGGUUGCAGUCAAUGACUGUAUAGAGAGUGGGCGCCAGGCAGCAAUCCGGGUCCUGGGCACAGAGCCUAACUGUUGAUCCCCAGCUCCCACCUCUUCCUGUCCCUGCUGGCAUGGAUUCUCCCACCCUGGGAAAUAAACAUUACCAGAGCUUGGCUUGGUCUGGUUGUUCUUUGUCACCUAUGUGCAUAAAGAUAGGGGUAGGGGGCAAAAACAGGCAAAGGGUGCCCAGAAUGCAGAAAGCAGUAGCAGAGGCAAGACUUAGUGCUUUAUUAGAAAAUAUAUCAAAAUUCCAGCCCCCUGAGCCAGGUCCAGAAGAGGGAACUACUCCAGUACUGGCAGAGCACACAGGGAGGCAUUUCCUUCACCAAAUACACUUCCUAGGAACCAUAAAUAGAAUAAAUAUUCACAGAGGUCCCGGGAGAAGCCGGAUUUCUCUUCUUUCCAUGAAGAGGAAGGGACUCGGGAUCCAGCCCUGCUCCCACCCCAGGGGCAGGGAACUCCCAGGAGUCAUCACAUAAAAUCAUGACAUCAAGGAUUCACAGUCAUAACCCUUAGGUGACCCUAGAAAGAGGGCCUCCCAGGUUUACAGGAGCCCAGCUCCAGUCCAGCAGUGAGGAGAGGUCCCUGGCCCCCACACAGCUCCUCUCCAAGAGCAGAGAAGAGCUGCAGGUGGGGAAAGAACAACUCUGAUGCAGUUUCAUGAUUACAGUGGGCAGAAAAGAGUCAGUGUGAGCCAUGGGGGGCUGUGUGGUUGGCAGUCGGCAGAGGGCCGGGCCUGGCAGGGGGCCGGCGCUGCAGCAUCUCUUGACGGAAGGCCUGGGAGGAGCCAGGUGGGUAAUGGGGCCCAGGAGUCCUAGGACCCCGAGGGUCAGUGCCAAUGUCUGCUGUGAUGUUGGUAUAGAGUGGGCCCAGCUCUCGAGCCAGCAGGCGAUAUGUCAGUGAGUUCAUCCCAUCUUGAGUCCAAGAAUUCUGGGUACGGACCAAGAGGUCAAAUCUGCAGGUUAGAGGUUGAAGACUAAGACCCAGGAAGGAACAGCCAGGAAUCCAGAGACCUGGUGUCAUUUACCAACUGGGGUGCAGACCCGGAGGAGCUAAGAACAAUUGCUUUCCUACCUGUGGGGGUUUUCUUCAUUGCCCUUAUCUCCUCGGUGCUUCACCAUUUUGUAGUGGCCCACAGAUGUGGGGGGGCGAGAGAUCUUCAUCCCAGCUAGGCGCACCCUAUGAGAAAAGAGGGCACCUUGGAGGAUCCA